CGACGGUCUGGACCGCUAAGGGCCACUACCAGACCAGACUACCGGUUUCCAUACCUUUUGGUCGUCAUGCCUGUGCCCUUCUCCUUCGCUCUUGCCUCGUUCACUAUUGUCCCCUUGUCCUGGCCUGGUUAUUGUCCAAUGCCAAAAGUGGAUAGUCCUCCCAGCUCUCAGCCGCCAGGACAAGUUCGGAAGCACUGGCUGGGUUUAGCAUGGAACAAUCACUCAACCCCCAGACCUUCUCGUCUCCUCCCGACUCCCUCCUCCACAUGGAAAAUCGUGUCUUGAGCAUCGUCAUCUGCCACCACCACACCUGCUCACACGGCAGCACAGCAGCACAGCAGCACGGUGUCUUCAUGUGCCCAAAGACUACGGUCCGAUGUCAUACCUAUCUCGACCCAACCCGGCCCCUCCGAUCCUGUCCCCGUCUGUGAGCUCAGUCCGGCCCUCUCACUUGCGUGACCUGGGUGGUGCCGUCUCACGACUCACGGCACAAGUUCAUGCACAUCGAGAUUGCCAGUCACGCGCCUGAAUCACCUCGAACUUGCCGCCAUACCCUAUAUCCAGGCCGAUGUGGUACUGUGGGCCUGUUCCACCUUGCCCUGCCAUAUCUACCGGGCUUGCGGUGUUUGCCGAGACAUAGGUCCCGCUGUCUGGAAGUCUCUGUUGGUCGCCUUCAGAUCCGGCAUCGCACACAAGCACUCCCUCCUCAUGGCAAACAGCACAGAACCGCCCCAAGACGGGGAGACGCAGUCUCUGGCACAUUCCAUUAACAUUGCAAUCGCGCCGAGCCACACAAGGAUCAACCGUCUGAUUCUCGACCGCAUGCCACACGCCGUACCCCCCCGGGCAGAGAACCCCUCGAGUUAUAUCACCGGCUUAUUGCACAUUGGCGCCGUCUACAUUGCAUUCGAGUCCCUCUGGCAAAACAUCAUUGGCAUCCACACCGAGAUUGCCCCCCUACCUUACACAUAUCCCUUUGGGGACCACACCGCCGCCAACCGCCCCGGCCUCGGCCAUGGCGCAACACCGCCCCCAGUCCCGGAACGCACGCGGCACAUCCUCGAGACAGCAUACUGGCCUAACAUGUUGCGCGCCGCUCGUGUGAAAUCUGACAUUCGCGCCAUGACCGGCUGGCCGGCACAUGUGGUAGACGAACAGUUACGGUCCGCUGGCACCACAGGUGCACUGGGCGCUUAUCUCGAACACAUCAAAGAAGCCGUCGAUAGUAGACCACACAUCCUGCUCGCUUAUGCCUACAGUCUUUACCUCGCUUUGCUGUCUGGAGGCUCGUACAUCCGCACUGAGCUCAUGUACCUCAGAGCUGAAUUCUGGUUGGCUGUCCCGGAUCCUGUCAGGCCAGGCAUGAUACCCUGUACCAGGGAGGCUAGCGGUGAGCCAGGCACGUUGAGGCGACACUCGGCGUCUGAGUCCGGUUCAGAAUCGCCUGGACUUGUCGGCGAAGAACCACCAGUCUCCUUGCCGCUCUCGUUCCUCGAUUUCGACACCCCACUUGGCCACGAGAACCCACGGCAGCAGGCCAAGGACCUCAAAGCCGAGUUCAAGAGGCGCUUCGUCCGGGCAGAGCAGGCGCUCACUGAGCCCGAGCGGCGCGACAUAGUCGGCGAGUCAAUGGUCAUCUUCGACCACCUUGAGGCGGUUGUGGGGCAGCUGGAUAGGAUUUGUAGCAGCGGGGCAGAGGCGUCGCCGCAGGGAAGCUCAAGAAGCCCUUCUACGACUGCCGGUUCGCAGCGGGCAGGGAUCGGAUCCCGUCUGAGAGAUAGCAUUGCUAUCGCCAAGGGGAGGCUUUUGCGGACGGUGAAAAGGUCGAGUGGCGCGGGUAGCUCCGUCACAGCCACCUCGCCGUCGGCUGUAAGGACGGCUGCAACACCCAUGAUGAACGACGCCACUGCUAGCCCAUCCGACACAUCUGAGAGCUUCAACGCAUCAUCCCUUGCCUCCGCCGGGCUCUCUCAGAGUGCGAUCGUGCCGGGCGAGGGCUUCCGGACAGUUCGUUAUAGUGACCAUAACAGGCAGCUGGAUACAAGUGCUGAAGUGGCACGUCGCGAAGCCGGAGGUUACGACGGCACUGCGGAGGGCGACCAUGGUAGCGCAGGUCGCGAUUACCAGGUCUGCCCCAUUGGCCACAGAACAUCUACCUCAGUCGCCGCCGGCGCCACAGAGCGCGCCCCUGACCGCGCGAUCUACGCCCUUUUGUCGAACAUUGCUGUGAUAUUUGGCAUCGCCAUGGCUCUGGCCGCAUAUCUGUUUGUGCGCAGGUGCGAUGGGAUUGCGACGACGGGUGCAGCUACUUUCAUGGGCAAGGACUGGUGAUUGCGUGUUGUCAUGGAACGCAGUGAGGGUGCAUUCAGAUUGUCAUGAGACAUUCGUGGAUUCAUGGGGUUCCAGGGAGAACGGACUCAAUGCACAUGGCGUUAUGGCGGCUUUCAGAUCGGCAGAAGAGGGAUGGAAAACCUCGCUCAUGAUAGAGAAAUAGAUGAAUGAUACCCUACG